UUUCAGUCGGAGGAAACUUGACUAUGACUUGGUGUUCGAAAUUUUCUUUGUUUCACAAUUAGUGAAGCGCUCCUACAAGAAUAAGACAACGAGGGAAUUCUAGUUGAGAGACACAGACGUUUCACCCUGCAUUGGGCACAUCGCCGGAGAAACAUGAAUAAAUGGUUUAUUUGGUACAACCAUCGAAGGUACUAGCAGGCACUGGGCGUGAUGUGGUACUAUUGGCACUACCUUCGUUGGAGGUCUACAACCUCCGUUCCUUCUCACCUUUCUUUAUUCAGGUGUUGCAAAAAAACUCCCGCUCGUACCUAGCCUCGAAGAUUUUAUGUCGCCCACAGUUACAGUUUUGCUAUUUUUUCAGAUAGAAGAUGACAAAAGAAGUAUGGGGCCAGGCGGCUCCUUUUUCUUGUUCCCCAGAUCGGUCUCGACACCCACCACCCUAAAUCUGAUAUUUCCGAAACCAAAACUACACGCUCGUAACAUUACUGCAAAGAGGAGAUGAAACAGAGCAUUGCGUAGUACUAUGGCAGCACUUCCAUGACGCAACAUCAAGAUGAUCCUGAGGGUCGUCCAACGGAAUGAGAUGAAUCGGGGCGCCAGGAAAACGAAUUCCUGAAGACAUCAGUUCUUGCUUUUUUGUCCUCAGCACCAGCUCGUAGUUGGGCCGUGAUUCAUUGCGACCCCAACACGGCCAUGGCGACGACGUCUAACCAGCAGGGAAAAACCAAUAAAACCAACCCGACAGAGCCGAAUACCGCCUUCGAGACUGCCUCCGAGGACGUUGAGUCAAGCGACAUUCCCGAUGAAGGAUGGUUCACAACGGAGCUCACGCGCGGCGGACAGGCGCUGUCUGCGGCGCCGGUAACAUUAACAACUGGCGGAGUGAACGGUGGAAAUAAAACUGGUGAAAAGCAGGAAGCUUUGGACGUCGAGAAAUACUUCCAGAAAGAAACGAGCAAUAAUCCGGCAUCAACGACACGAGGCUUCUCUUCUAAAAAUCCAACUUCUGGAGCUGCAGCUCUACCACCUAACGGCGCGCAAACCCAAAAAAGCAAAUUUCUGAAGACUAUCAAGGUGGACGAAGGUGACGGGGGAGGGUUGACCCGAAGACCUUCGCAGUCAACUCCUUCGAACAACGGUGGAAGAAAUCCUGGCUGGGGAGGUGCAGCAGCUUCAGCAGCUUCUAGUGCAUCGUCUACUUCAAAAGUCAACUUACUGCAGAACAACACCUCCUUCCAAUCUGGUGGAGCUGCAAGAUUAUCAUCUUCAGCGACCACUCCCGGUGGAGGGGGUAAUUACGCCGCUUUGUGGGAAGCGACGACUUCUUCUGGCCAAGAGGAAGACGAAGACCACGGAUAUUCCCCGGGGUCGAGGAGGAUGAAGGGCGGUACUAAAGGUCGAAAUUAUGUUGAUAAAACGGACAGCAAGGGCGAGGCCAGCACCUCUAGCAGUACGAAGACUGCGACGGAAGGUGCAACGACACGAACCGCGAGCUCCAGCAGCUCAACAAGCAAUCCUGCUGUCGGGGCUAGUGCCAAUGGUGGAACUACUACACAAAAAGACACGACUCACGCCCUUGAUGAAACUACAGAUCUCGACGUCCACAACCCGGCUUCGUCCUCUAUGGCGUUCUCAAGCGUUACACUCUCAAGUGUUACAUGAUUUGUAAUGCAAACUGACCAUGAGCCGAAAGACGAUCAAGCUGCCUCGCAUGACAAAUUAUCGAAGUGCUAAACAGCAUCUAAAUCCGUGCAAAAUUUGUGAUGCAAGACUUGCAAGCUUUCCCCUUUCCCUAUUGCUGUUUUUGGUUGAGAAUGUAACAGUUGAGAACACCAUAUCCUCCUCCAGCACGACUGCAGCCUCCUCCACUGCUACUACACAGCUCGGUCAACAGCAAGACGGUUCAUCCCCCGGUGGCGUCAGGCAGAGCCACCGGCCAAUAUCCAGUGCAAAAGUAUCGUACUCCUAGCAAAUCAUGCAGCCAUGCAGGACAAUCUGACAUUCUACCUUAGCCAGCAUUUCAAAUGACUUUAUUUUUUCUUGGAAAAUUAUAAAAAAGAAAAAGAAUAAAAUUUGCAAAACUGCAAUGUAAACGUAGUGACAAUACACUUUUGCAAUCUGCAUAACCGAAAACCUUCUACAACGCCCGCGGCGAGGCGGACUGGUCGGAAGAUUUGACGAAAAACGGGAUGGAGCCCAGAUACGACACGAGCAGCAAGUACACCGGUGGCAACAACAUUUGGCUGCACAUUUACGACAUCGACGGCUUCACCCAAUGGCUGAACGAAUCGUUUCUGAUCAACAACGAUUGGGGCGCGUACCACGCGGGCGUGGAGGUGUACGGAGAUGAGUGGAGCUUUUUGUUCUACAAUGACGUGCUAGAUCCGACGGUGACGGGGUGUAACCGCGUGUACCCGCGGAGGCACCCGGAUUUCUCGUACCGAUCGUCGGUUUACAUGGGAAGAACACCGCUGAAGGCCAUGGAGGUGUCGAGGCUGCUACUGGUGAUGAUGGAAAACUGGCCGUCGGUGAAGUACCACAUUACGGACAGGAACUGGUACGGUACUUUUGCUCGUGAAUCUAAAUUUUGAAUAAACCGCUGCUCGUGUUCCUGUAUCACAUAAUCUGAGCAUGACGAGCUGGUGUACCUUAUCCCCCUAUUGACACCAUCAACCAAAAACACCAGUGUCGACUUCGCCUUUGCGCUGUGCAAGCAGCUGCAAGUCCCCCGUCCCUUUCCGCAGUGGGUCCGCGGCGGGCUGCACCUCGCGCGGAACAACGGAACGGUGAAAAACGUGGUGGACAGUGUUUGGGGGGUCGUGAAGUGGUGGAACCAAGUCGACGAAGAAAACGCCUAUGUUCCGCCGCCCAACGCCACCGCGCAGGGGUACAUUGAAAGCACGACCGGGAUCUCAGCCGAUCUGGGUUCGGCAACUAGUAAUGGCAGCAUGGGAUCUUCCGGCGCUGGUCGGGUUAGUGAGUACAGAAAACUGCAGGAAGCGAAGGAAGCAGGAACAGGAGUUCAGCAAGAUGAAUACAGUGAAAUGCGGCCACUAGGUGCGGCAUCUUCGAAUAACAACAGUAAUAACGAGAAGUUGUCCGGCAAAAGUCUACCCCCACUUACAGCCGCGGGACCCCCGGCGAAAAAUAAAGUUGCGACCGUUCCAGCGAAAAACACUUCAGCGCCAAUGUCCAUGUCCUCGUCCUUCUCCCCGCCCGCGCGGCCACCCGGUGUGCCGCGUUCCCCGAGCGCCGGAAAUAACAGCAGUAUGAACACCAACACCUCGCCGAACAACAACGGCAGUCGCGCCACACCUCCCAGUAGUCUGAGUGUCCGGAACUCGAAUGUGCGCAGGCCACCGGAGGAAUUGGGGGAGCCAAUUUCAACGAGCUCGAUCCACGAUCCGGAACUGGAUCUCGUGCUCAUCAGAGACGACCACGAUGGCGUGGAAAGUGGCUGACGAAACUAAUGAAAAGAACGGUGAUCUGACUACGUACCAGUGAUCUCACCAGAUAACUUCUUGGAAGGAAGAUAAGGAGCCAGUGUGGCCUACAACUUUGUGUUUCCGACAAAUUCAAAUUUAAAUUUCACAUUGGUCAAAGAGCAGCCGAACUGAGCUC